CAACACUUAGCCUUCCAACUUUUGCUGUCUCUCCUUUUAUGAUGGUCAGGCACCCUGAUCGGGUAGCAGGGGAUGCUAGUCGCCAAUUUCCGCAAUCUCGGCGCAGGUCCUUGUUUGAUUUGAAAUACCUCGCUCCCAGCGAUGAUAUCACCACAGACUCGGAAUCCCUCUACAGCGAAGAAAAAGAAAUCUUCAAUGCCAUUGUGGUACCUUCGCCCAGUCGGGAUUCUCGUGGAUACGACACUGGGUAUCAGAUGGGGCCUAUCAUGGAAGAAGGGCUAGCAGCGAAUCUCGCCAUGUUCAUUCAGACCAGUAGCUCCAGCAGCAGCCCUCCUAUGACAGCACAUUAUUACGCUGGGCCAAAAGCACACAAGAAAGCAGAUACUAUGUGGUGGCGCCAUCAAGCGCUUUCCGAUCAGUCCUCGAAUCGCCCACAACUGAGUCGAUUGACUCAGGCAUUGUCCACGGCCGGAGCUACUACAAGUCAUCGAAAAGCCCUCUCCCUUGAUACAGUCGAUACCAAUGAAAGAACGUCCAAUUGGCCAGCAAAGCCAGGGCCAGCAGUCAGGCCCACGCAACCGCAAUACCCUCCCCCGGAAAGAAUUCCCACUCCUCCAGGACUUCCUUCGUUCAACACACCGGAUGCAGUAUACUGCUCAGGUCAAUUUCUGGCCGGGCAGGGUGGCGGACGCUUCUACGCUCAAGGGAACGCAGCCGGUGCUGACCAAAGCUCAACUUCCUAUGGAGAUGCGUUUCGAAGACUCUUAGGCCUACAGCCGUCAGUCGAUGCAAGGACAAGCAUACAGUCUGCUGUGGGCAUUGGACGGGCUGACGAUGGAACUAUAGUCCAGGGUCGAUUCCCCUAUCGACAGAGUGGGCAUAACGCCAAUAUGGCUCGGCAGAUACAUGAGCAUCCAUUCCACCAAGCCACUCUCGCCGUCGCGGAGUCCGGCGAUAGAACCGAGGCCGAAGGGGGUAGUACAAAGGAUGACAAUACCAUUGCUCAGCCUAGACGACGGGUCCGGGACUAUGUGCCUCCUUCCAUGGGGAGAUUAUGGCCCUUCCACGAUGGAGUUUUGUCAUUCACGCACGAGUCUUCCGCGACACAUUCAGGAAUUACGGAUAGAGUCCAUCCAUUCUUCGGAGGUCCACGUACAUCAACUAAUCCAAGUCUUUCGAACGGUGUAUCAUCUCCCAGUCGUCACCGCGCAGAAACCACGAGAAAUUACAUUCCUCCAUCCCAUUCACAACUCCAAUCGGUUCAAACUAUCGACGACGAUGACUGCGACGAACAGAGCUUGGCCCCCGGGGGUACACAUUCAGCCUCUGACAUUAUUUGCUGGCUACCAGUACAGCUAUACCUCUGUUGCCUGUCAAAAUCCUGUCCUUUCCAGGAUCGUCAUGACGACGUGGAAGGGUUGCACACUACCGAUUCCCAAGAUACAUACGUGACUGCGCAGAGUCGGCCUUCGAAUUCUCCGACUUAACGUGGAUCUUCCACAUUGGACUGGGGAGGUUUGAGGUCAGGUUUUAACUAUGAUAGUCUCGGGUGUCCGCU